AUAUAUGUAUAUAUGCGCAUAAAUGGUGUAACGUUCUCUGUAGAAACUCCUCACUGGGUUCGGUUCCCUUUCGGAGAAAGAAAGAGAGAGAGAGAGAAACAGAGGAUGCUUGUGAACGUUCUGUGUAAUUUUUCCGGCGAGGUUUGAGAUACCCCAGGAGAUUUUCCGGUGAAGGAGAAGGUGACAGUGGGUUUAGGUGGGCUCCGGUGACCGGAUUCUGAGAUGGGUACGAACCCAAUUGCGGCCGGCGGAGGUGGCGGUGGAGGUGGUGGUGUUGGUGGUGGAAAUGGUUCAAACGGAAGUUGCUGUGCCAUGAGCCUGAGGUGCUGGUGCAAAUGGCCGUGGCGGUGGGAGCACCAGCACCGGUUGUACUCGUCGGCGUUCAUUUACUUCUUUGGGUGUUUCGUUUUGUUAGGAUCGAUGGCCACGUUGUAUACCUGGUUCGCUUUCUCGCCGAAUGUCCGUACGGGACUCGUCGUCUCGGUUGGGUGUCAGGAGGACAAUGAAGGUUCAUGGUCCGUUGGUGUUUUCUUCGGUGACUCUCCGUUUUCCCUCAAACCCAUUGAGACUAUGAAUGUAUGGAAGGAUGAAACCGCUGCUUGGCCUGUAGCAAACCCUGUGCUGACAUGUGCUUCUGUUUCUGAUGCUGGUUUCCCAAGUAAUUUUGUUGCUGAUCCUUUCCUUUAUAUACAGGGAGAUACCUUUUACCUAUUUUUUGAAACCAAGAAUGCAAUAACCAUGCAAGGAGAUAUUGGAGUUGCAAAAAGUUCUGACAAGGGAGCAACAUGGAAACACUUGGGCAUUGCCUUGGAUGAAGAAUGGCAUCUUUCCUAUCCUUACGUCUUCGACUACAAUGACCAAAUAUAUAUGAUGCCUGAGAGCAGCGAGAAAGGGGAACUUCGUCUUUACCGAGCACUCAAUUUUCCUCUGCAAUGGAAACUGGAAAAAGUCAUCAUUGAGAAGCCUCUUGUUGAUUCGUUUAUCAUCUAUCACAAUAACAUGCAUUGGCUCUUUGGUUCAGAUCACAGUGGUUUUGGAACCAAAAAGAAUGGACAGCUAGAAAUUUGGUAUAGCAAUUCCCCUCUUGGUCCUUGGAAACCUCAUAAAAAGAAUCCUAUCUAUAAUGUUGACAAGAGCUUGGGAGCUCGUAAUGGAGGCAGACCGUUCGUUUACAAGGGACACCUCUAUCGUGUUGGUCAAGACUGUGGUGAAACAUAUGGACGACGAGUUCGAGGCUUCAAGGUCGAAGUUCUUACCACCAAUGAUUACAAAGAAGUCGAAGUCCCAUUGGGCUUAAUUGAGCCAACUAAGGGUCGGAAUGCAUGGAAUGGUGUUCGCCACCAUCACCUAGAUGUGCAGCAGCUAAGUUCUGGGGAAUGGGUUGCAGUAAUGGAUGGAGACAGGGUACCAUCAGGAGAUCCAAUCCAUCGGUUUAUUCUUGGUUGGGCUGCAGUAUCAGCUGUUGUUGCACUGAUUGCAUUGUUGGGUGUGAUGCUUGGUGCUGUGAACUUCAUGAUUCCCCAUAACUGGUGCUUUUACAGUUCAGGGAAGAGAAGUGAUGCAUCUUUGGCCUGGGAAAAGUCGCACUUCUUUUCUUCCAAAGGGAGACGAUUGUGCAGCCGAUUGAACAGAGUGAUAUCAGCCCUUAGAGGCAGGAUCAAACAUAAUACUUGUGCUGGAAGAUUAGUUCUUGCUAUAACUUUAGUACUUGGAGUUGCAAUUUUGUGUGUUGGAGUUAAAUUUAUUUAUGGGGGAAAUGGAGCUGAAGAACCUUACCCAUGGAAAGGUCAGCACUCGCAGUUCACAUUACUUACAAUGACCUAUGAUGCUCGGCUAUGGAACUUAAAAUUGUAUAUCAAGCAUUAUUCAAGAUGCUCAUCAGUGAGAGAGAUAGUGGUGGUGUGGAACAAGGGAAAACCACCUGCAUUGAGUGAUUUUGACUCCGCGGUGCCAGUUAGGAUCAGAGUAGAGAAUCAGAACUCGCUAAAUAAUCGAUUCAAGUUGGAUUCGCUGAUAAAGACCAGAGCCGUUCUUGAGCUUGAUGAUGAUAUUAUGAUGACUUGUGAUGAUAUCGAGCGUGGUUUUAAAGUAUGGCGUCAAUACCCCGACCGCUUGGUGGGAUUCUACCCGCGUCUAAUCGAUGGAAGUCCAUUGAAAUACAGGGGUGAGAAACAUGCCAGAAGACAUAAAGGGUACAAUAUGAUCCUUACAGGUGCAGCUUUCAUUGAUAGUCAAGUGGCUUUUGAUAGGUAUUGGAGUGAAGAAGCUAAACAAGGGAGAGAAGAAGUAGAAAAAUAUUUCAAUUGUGAGGAUGUGCUUAUGAAUUAUUUGUAUGCAAAUGCAAGCUCAAGUAGGACUGUAGAAUAUGUGAGACCGGCAUGGGCAAUCGAUACAUCAAAGUUUUCGAGUGCGGCGAUUAGCAGGAAUACGAAAGUGCACUACCAGAUAAGAAGUGAGUGCCUCAUGAAAUUUUCAAACAUGUAUGGGAGCUUGUCUAGGCAUAAGUGGAGAUUUGAUGGGAGGAAGGAUGGGUGGGACUUGUAAUUUAAUUAAUUUUAUUUGCCUCCAUGAUUCUGAUAAAAUUCUUCUUUCUUGUUCCUAAUGUUUUGUUUUACAACGUGUCUUUCGCAUUUUCUCCCCAGUUGUGAAUUUUGUGUUGGGGAAACUGGUCAUCAAAUAGUGUUUUUUUUUUUUUUUUUUUUUGGUAGUCAAAGGUGUAAAUUGGUCUUUUGGUUUUUGUUAAUCUUAUUCUCUCUUUUAUAAUGGAAAUUAAUUCAGGGUUGCAUUUCUA